AUGAUUUCAGACCAGACGUGUAUCCUCUUCCACGAAUACACCAAUGAGAUUAACUACAUCGAGUUCAUCUCUGGGACAGGCUGUGCGUCGUAUGUAGGUUUUCAGGGCGGGGCCCAGUCUCUGUACUUCGGUAGAGCCUGUAACGUGGGGAACCUGUGUCAUGAGCUGAUGCAUGCACUGGGCCUGCACCACGAGCACACACGGCCAGACCGUGACCAAUACGUCACCAUACAGUGGGACAAUGUGGUCCCAGGAAAAGAAGGUAACUUUAAGGUGAAGAAAGGAGACACUCAGGACCUGCCCUAUGACUACGACUCCAUAAUGCACUACGGAACAUACUACUUCUCAUCAAACCGGAACCCCACUAUUGGCUCCAAGAAGAGUGGAGUCCAGAUUGGACAGAGAAAUCACCUGAGCCCCCUGGACAUAACACGCCUUAACAAACUCUAUCAAUGUGGGGUGUAA